AUGCUUUUACCAAAAACGAUGAACCGGAGAAGAUCCGAGUCGUCAGUGCCCUCCUCCGCGGAAGGCCGCCGCGAUUACAAGCACUCAUCCGACGACAAUAGGCGCGAUGAAGACAUCGACGCGCGGGAGGCUGAAUCUCGCUGUGGAACUCCACAUCAUUUAGCCGACGUCGAAGACGUGGAUUAUAUGGAGUCGCCCGCGCCUGCACCGGCGUCGCCGCAGGCUGCACCGCCGACAACAGCGCCGCUGAGCCAACCAGAAGCCACCGUGCCGGUAGAUACUAAUCAAGAAUCUACCCCCACAUUACCUCUUGAAAUUUUAAAUGUUCUUGGCGAGGCCAAUAAAAGAGAGAAAGCCCUAGGAGAAUGCAUACCCACUGAACUCUCUGAACGUUGGGGUAAAAUCCUGGUCGAUGGUCUGGCUAAGGAAUAUAAGGAGUCGCUUGUGGCGAAGAUUCUUAUACCGAAUAACUUUUCGCUGGCACAAGCGCCUAAACUCAAUCAAGUGGUAGCCGCAGUUCUGCAGGAGGCUAAACAGAUUUCAGAAACCGCUCAGAUUCUCCUAGAUUUGCAUUACGAGGAAUCGGUCAAUCGAAAAAAGCUUAUAUUGCCCAGUUUAGAUAAAAAAUUUUGGAAUACAAUCCAAGGUGUAAAAAGGGACGUCUACCUUUUUGGUGAAAGCUCGCGCAAGCAACAAGCACCGCCGGGCAACUCCCGAGCUCCUCCUCGUCAGCAGUACGCGAGGCCAGCGCCAGUAGCGCCGGCCCACCUGCACGAGCCGCAGCCGUCCACGUCGGCGAGGAGGGCCCAGCAGCCACCGCGCCGCGGCCGCCACUACGCGAGCGCCAGACCGGGCAACGACAGGAGACGCCGCUACUAGAGGGAGUGCCAUCCGCUGUGGCCCAGUCUUACCCUGGCGUGCGCAGUAUUGUGCGGCAAGCCUACCUAAGACGUGGAAUACUGGAGGAGUCUAUUGACGUCAUACUAAAAUCUUUAUCGGGAGGUACGAUUAAUCAGUAUAAUACAGGAUUAAAACAUUGGUUUAAUUUCUGUCAAAUUAAUAAUAUUGAUUUAUA